AUGGCCAUCGAAACUCUAGUAUUAGGCGCUGGUCAAGAGGUUGGGAAAAGCUGCGUAGUGGUGAACAUCAAUGGAAAGAGAAUCAUGUUCGAUUGCGGCAUGCACAUGGGUUACAGUGAUCACCGUCAAUUCCCUGAUUUCUCUCUUAUUUCACCUUCUCGAAGUUUCAAUGACGCUCUCUCAUGCAUCAUCAUUACUCAUUUUCAUUUGGAUCAUGUUGGAGCGUUGGCUUACUUCACUGAAGUUUGCGGUUAUAGCGGACCGGUUUACAUGACGUACCCAACAAAAGCUUUGGCUCCUUUGAUGUUAGAAGACUAUCGGAAAGUGAUGGUUGAUCGUCGGGGUGAUGAAGAACUAUUCACUUCUGAUCAUAUUGCCGAGUGCAUGAAGAAAGUUAUUGCUGUAGAUCUGAAGCAGACUGUGCAAGUAGAUGAAGAUUUGGAGAUACGUGCAUAUUAUGCAGGACAUGUUAUCGGAGCUGCGAUGUUCUAUGUAAAAGUCGGAGAUGCAGAAAUGGUUUAUACAGGAGACUACAAUAUGACACCAGAUAGACACCUAGGAGCAGCUCAAAUUGAUCGACUACGACUUGACCUUCUUAUAACUGAAUCCACAUAUGCGACCACGAUACGUGACUCAAAAUAUGCUCGAGAGAGGGAAUUCCUCAAAGCUAUUCAUAAAUGUGUUUCUGGUGGAGGAAAGGUGCUUAUUCCAACAUUUGCUCUUGGAAGAGCUCAGGAACUAUGCAUUUUGUUGGAGGACUAUUGGGAGCGCAUGAAUUUGAAGGUUCCUAUCUACUUCUCUGCAGGAUUAACUAUUCAAGCUAAUAUGUAUUACAAGAUGCUUAUUGGUUGGACAAGCCAGAAGAUUAAAGAUACAUACUCCACACAUAAUGCAUUUGAUUUUAAGAAUGUUCACAAGUUUGAGCGGUCUAUGCUUGAUGCUCCUGGUCCUUGUGUUCUCUUUGCCACCCCUGGGAUGAUAAGUGGUGGAUUCUCACUUGAAGUUUUUAAACACUGGGCACCAUCUGAAAAUAAUCUUGUCACUCUGCCUGGGUAUUGUUUGGCAGGAACUGUAGGACAUAAAUUAACAUCAGGGAAGUCUACCAACAUUGAUAUAGAUCCUGAUACACAGAUAGACGUGCGUUGCCAGGUUCAUCAGUUGGCUUUUAGUCCUCACACAGAUUCUAAAGGGAUAAUGGAUCUUGUAAAAUUUCUCUCCCCAAAGCAUGUUAUACUAGUGCAUGGUGAGAAGCCUAAAAUGGAUUCUCUAAAAGAAAGAAUUCAUUCCGAAUUGGAGAUUCCGUGUUAUAAUCCUGCAAACAAUGAAACCGUAAGCAUUCCUUCAACUAACUACGUAAAUGCCGAAGCCUCUAGCACUUUCAUCCGAAACUGCUUGAAUCCAAACUUCAAGUUUCAGAAAUGCGGUUCAGUGGACACAGGCGAUUCCACUCUGAAAGACAGAGACCUGAUGCCAGAACUUCAAGUUGAAGAUGAAAGAGUAGCAGACGGAGUUUUGGUCAUGGAAAGUAACAAAAAGGCAAAGAUUGUACACCAAGAUGAGGUUUUGCUCAUGUUGGACGAAAAGAAGCAAGAGGCUUAA